AUGUCAGCUAAAUUAUCUUUAGAAAUUGCGCAUACCAGAAAUGAUCAUUAUGAUGCACAUACAAAACUACUUUGGCGUUGUGAGAAAUCUCAUAUAUGGGAAGCCUCUCCACAAAGUAUUCUAAGAGGUCAUCAGGGUCGAUAUUGUAGUGGUACUGCGAAACUUAAUAUUGAAAUUGCUAAGCAAAUCGCACUAUCGAAACAAGAUCAAUGUACAGUAUUUUUCUGA